UCUCUUUCAUCGUCUAGACUUUAAAGGGGGGAAAAAAGAGAGUAAAAGGAGCUAAAGAGAGAAGCUGAAAGCCUUUACCAAAGAAGAGAAGGAAGGAUUGUAUUUGGGCCAGAGAAGAUGACAGAAAGCUCUUCAAGAAACAAAUGGGUCUUACUUUUGACGCUUACCUUUGCUCAUUUCUCGUCAAUUUCACUGGCUCAAGAUGGUCUGGUGGCAAAUGGUGAUUUCGAGACACGUCCAUUGAACGGCUUCCCGAGUGAGGCAGUAACGGAUGGGCCCGUCGAGAUCCCUAGCUGGAGAUCAAUCGGCACGGUGGAGCUGGUGGCGUCUGGGGAAAGUGUGGGUGGAGGGAUGGUGCUCAUUGUUCCCCGAGGCACACAUGCCGUUAGAUUAGGGAACGACGCGGAGAUCAGCCAGGAACUGACGGUGGAGAAAGGAUCAUCCUAUGCUGUUACUUUCAGUGCGGCACGCACUUGCGCGCAGAUGGAGUCAUUGAACGUGUCGGUGCCUCCAGCAUCGCAGACGGUCGAUCUCCAAACACUGUACAACGUCCAAGGCUGGGACCCUUACUCGAUUUCUUUUGCGGCGGCGGAGGAAAAAGUGCGGUUGAAUUUUAAAAACCCGGGGAUGGAAGAUGACCCGGAAUGUGGACCUAUCAUUGAUGAUAUUGCCAUCAAGAAACUACAAGUUCCCGAUAAACCAAAAGACAAUGCAGUAGAUAACGGUGGCUUUGAGUUCGGCCCUUGGAUGUUCCAAAAUGUAUCUCUUGGAGUCCUACUCCCAACCAACCUCGACGAAGAAACGUCCCCAGUACCAGGAUGGAUGGUCGAAUCUACCAGGGCGGUUCGAUACAUCGACUCCAACCAUUAUGCCGUACCGGAGGGCAAACGUGCCGUGGAGUUGGUCUCGGGCAAGGAAGGCAUCAUUUCUCAAAUGGUGAAAACGAAACCAGAAAAGCAAUACAGCUUGAGCUUUUCUUUGGGCCAUGCUAGGGACAAGUGCAAGGAACCACUCGCUGUUAUGACCUUUGCAGGAGAUCAGGCACGGAGUUUUCAUUACACGCCCGAAUCAAACUCCACCUUCCAGGUCGCUAUUGUUAACUUCACUGCCAGGGCUGAGAGUACACGAAUCGCGUUCUACAGUGUUUAUUACAAUACAAGAACCGAUGACAUGAGCUCCCUGUGUGGUCCGGUUGUGGAUGAUGUUCGAGUCUGGUUUUCAGGGUGCAGUAGAAACCAAGUGGUUCGAGUAUGGCUUGGGAUUGGAUUUAUCUUUUGGGCUUACUUUCUGGUUUUGGGUUAGAAUUGGGUAAAGUUACGUGUUCUUUUCAUAUAUAUUUGCUUGCAAGGGAUGAAAUAUGUAAUAUGUCGUGUUUUCUAUUGUAUUGUCGUGGCUUCUUUA